CUCAACCUGUCCGUUAGUUUCCCUUCACUUCACUCACUGCACUCUGGGAAGCGAGCUGAUAAACGCAGCCGAGAGAUAAAAGAAAUGUUUUUUCCGUUCCCCCAGAAGAACCGUAGCGAGCGUCGCCUGAGACAGCGGUGUGUUUGUGGACAUGUAUUCGUCAUCGCUCCGUUUCUGUGAGGUGCCUCGGACCAGAUGAAGCCUCGUGUGAGAUGAUCAGGAUGAAGUCCACGCGGAGCUUCAUGUUUUUGAUCUGUCCUAUCAUGGUGCUGAUAUUCCUCUACUAUUCCUCUGGCAGACUGCACCUACGGACCUCAGUGCAGAAAUCUCAGGCUCCUUUGGAUAGUUUACUCUCCGUGGGACGUGUAGUAGUUUCAGAGUACGACAAGCAGGGAUUCGUUACCAAGCUCGACAGAAAACUGCCCCUGGAGCUGCAGUAUAAAUAUGGUAACCUCAGUAAAGGAGAGUGUAAACCGGGUUAUACAGAGGCCAAGAUGACAUUAAUCUAUCCAAAGUUUUUAAAACCAGCUCCCAUGUUCCUUGAUCCGAAUUUUAAGCGGCUAUCAAAGAUCAGCAUUUACCCUCCACCUUUUGGAGUGAGAACACAAGAAAAGAUCAUCGAUCAUAUUUUAUUAGCUACGAAUAGCUAUUCGCUGGGUUCAGAACUAGACAGUCUUAGUUGUAAGAAGUGUAUUAUUAUUGGCAAUGGAGGCAUUCUGUUCAAUAAGUCCUUGGGCUCCAAAAUCGAUCAAUAUGAUGUUGUUGUACGACUGAACGAGGCUCCAGUCGCCGGGUUCGAGAAGGACGUGGGCCGGAAGACCAGCAUGCGCAUCACCUACCCUGAAGGAGCCAUCCAGAAACCAGAGCGCUACGAGAAGAGCUCGCUUUUCGUCUUCUCUGCCUUCAAACCCAUGGACUUCAAAUGGCUGCGUCACAUGGUGUACCAGGACAAGCUUCGGAGUAUGGAGGGAUUCUGGAAGUCCGUGGCACGUAUCGUUCCCAGAGAACCAGAAGACAUGCGGAUCCUGAACCCGUAUUUCAUCCAGGAAGCGGCCUUCAGAUUCAUCGGUCUUCCACAUAACAAAGGCCUCAUGGGAAGAGGGAAUAUUCCUACACUGGGGACUGUUGCAAUCACAAUGGCCCUCCAUAACUGCGACGAGGUGGCGGUGGCCGGAUUCGGAUAUGACAUGGAUUCACCUCGUGCACCUCUGCACUAUUACGAGAAGCUAAAGAUGUCUGCAAUCAAAGAGUCAUGGACACACAACAUAUCCAAAGAGAAGGAGUUUCUCCGGAAGCUGGUGAUGGGGGGUGUUAUUCAGGACCUGACCAAUGGGAUCUGACGUUACAUCCCCAUCAUACAGCUGACAGAUGGCAUUAAUCACCGUAUCAAAGUGGUGACGGCCAUCCCAGCUGACGGACUCUCACUAAUGUGAGCCGGAGGAAGUGACCUCACAUCAUAUGCUGGAACGGUAUCCAUGGCAACCUCACCUCAAUCAUGGUGACGCUUGAUUUUAGGAUGCCUCGUAGACCAGAGUCUGUCCCUACGCGCUAUAGCUAUCCGACAAAGACUGGAAACGUGCUGCUUUCUCCUGGCUUUGACUCCACAGCAGCCGCUGUGAACCGGAUUCAGUAUUUAUUUUAGACAGUAUUUUAAUCACCGUCAUUUAAGAUGCUUUAUUUUUUAAGCCAAGACAACUUUAAUGCUUUGAUACUGUUCUGUUCUCUUCAAUCUCAGGCUAUGCACAUCACCACAGUGCACAACUACACAACAAAUGAUUGUCACCUAAUGAGUUUCUGCUGCUCUUCUGAUGUGUGCCAUUUAAACAAAUCAGUGUUCACUUGUUUCCUGCACUUUCCACAUGUAUAUCACUCUCCGUGUGUAACCAGAUCAUGAGACCAGAUUAAAAUAUUGUCAAUAUUUAUACA